GUAUUUCUCUCCAUGUGAGAGUUUGAAGACAUUCGAUAUUUUUUACAUAAUUCAAGAGAUUGUUCAAUCUCUCUUUCUAGCUCAAAUCUUCAUAGUUAUCCACCACUUCGUCAACGCCGUCACUAUUUUGUGUGCACUUUGUUUGAAUUCUAUUGCUUUUGAACAUUGUAAAAUUCUCUUGCAUUAUAGUACGUGAUAAUGAGUCAUACUCAAUUACCCAUGAUAAACAUCUAACCCAGAAAUUUGUUUUGAGAAAUCAUCUCCUUCUUCAGUUAAUCUGAUGGGGCUUUCAUCUGGAAAUUCUCAGUAUUUUUCAUAUUCGCUAAUUUUUAGUUUAAUCGAAGUUUAGUGCUGAAGGUUUCCUGCCAUGUUGGAUCAUAGUUAUGUGUUGGUAUUAUUGUUAAUACAUUUACAAAAGUGUCAUUAUUUAUCAAUCAUAAGAACAGUCAAAAUUCUUAAUUUUGUGGAAAUUCUAAUUUGGCCAUGUUGAGCCAUUGAGGUGUUCAGCUGCUAAUUAUGAAAAUCUAGUUUAGGGAAGUUUUUCUUUUUCACAUACAAACAUUUUUUCUUAAUUAGUUAAUGGUUUAUUAAAGGAUUUUUUUUUUUGAAUGUUUGCUAAAGGAAUUCAGAAAAUAAGAUGAGAGAAGUUGCUUCUUACAAAAAUUAGGUCACCAUCUAAAAUCAAUUAAAUUUUUUUCCAUCAUCUGGAAUUUUCUAUAAAAACAAAAGACAAGAGUUCCAAUAUUCUAUAACAAUACUAAUUCAUAACUGUCGUUUUUAUCAUACACCCGGAUAUAUUGUGAGCAUGUACACCCGAGACUUAUUUUUUUGCUAAUUAGUCGUUUGAAGUCCUCCAUUCAAGCAAAAUUGACAUAAUAGUAAGAGCUUCAAUUAAGCAAAGGAUAGCAUUUGGUAUACUAGUGUAUAAUGAACACACUCUUCAUAGUUGAUUCCCUGCUGUAACUGUUGUUUGCUUGUACAUGUUCUGCAAUCUGAUUCCAAAUAAUUUGUUAAUUUCUUCAAUUCUGGUGUCCCAUAUAGCUGAUGUGUGCUAUUACUUGUCUUUCUUAAUUUGUUUGAUUAGAGUGUUAAAUCUUCUUGAAGUUUCGGAUGAACGAUUAAGAAAAGAAAGAGUUGGGUCUGGUGGGUUGAACACUGUUUCAACUUUCCAUGUACUUUCCAUGUCAAGUCUAUCAAUAAAAAGAUGAUUAAUAUGGUGAAGUCUUUCAUUAAUAUUUAAGGAAGUCGGUUAGCUGAAGUCUUCUACUUUCUGGUGUUUUUAGACCUUAGUGCUACCAGAAUUUAGUAAAUGUUGGUGUCCUUCAAAUGUUGAAUCUUUAGAAUAAUAUUUUAUUGGGGGUUAAAUACGAAGAUUUGUUUAUAAUUUGGUAAAAAUGCUAUGAAAUCUUCAGACAUUAUUGUAGACUUGUAGUAAUAUAAAAAGACCAACAGGCAACAGUUAUGUCAGCCCAAUUUGACCAGCCUUCUUUCAUACAAGAAUAUCAGUAUAUAAGUGCUCAAGAAAUGGGUGGCAUUGGCAACCAUCAGAAACCAAAGCAAGAAUAUAAGUCUUCUUCAUUAGCAUUUAGCACUGCUUUCGACGGUGGUGAAUAUAAUCUUAGACUAGACCAAUUGUUAUGGAGAAGAAUGGCAGUGGUGAUAACAAUCUGGCGACAGUUUCAGCACAUGUUGGGCCGUUGAUGGACUCAGUGGUGAAGGUGUUCUGUGUUCAUACAAUGCCAAAUUUCUUUCUUCCGUGGCAGAGGAAAAGGCAGCAUAGUUCCUCCAGUACUGGGUUUGUCAUUGCAGGGAGGAGGAUUUUGACAAAUGCUAAAUCAGUGGAGUACCACACUCAGAUUAUGCUCAAGAAGCGAGGCUCUGAUACUAAGUACUUGGCAACUGUUCUGGUCAUUGGGACUGAGUGCAAUAUCGCUUUGCUUACUGUCAAUGAUGACGAAUUCUGGGAAGAUGUUUCACCAGUGAAGUUUGGUGAAUUGCCUGCCCUUCAAGACGCCGUGACUGUCGUGGGUUAUCCAAUAGGAGGAGAUACUAUCUGUGUGACUAGGGGAGUUGUCUCGCGUAUGAAGAUCCUUUCUUACGUUCGUGGAUGGACUAAGCUAACAUGCUUGCAGGUCGAUGCUGCCAUAAACUCUGGAAAUGCUGGUGGUCCAGCCUUCAAUGACAAAGGCAAUUGUGUGGGCAUUGCAUUUCAGUCAAUCAAGCAUGAAGAUGCCGUAAAUAUUGGUUAUGUUAUUCCUACACCUGUCAUCAUACACUUCAUUCAAGAUUAUGAGAGAAAUGAGGCAUAUACUGGAUUCCCAAUUAUUGGAUUUGAGUGGCAAAAAAUGGAGAAUCCUGACUUACGUAUGGCAAUGGGGAUGAAAUCUGAUCAAAAGGGUAUACUUGUUACACGAGUUGAAGCUGCUGCUCUCGGAUCUGAGAUUUUGCAGCCAUCAGAUGUUAUUCUGAGCUUUGACGGUGUUGAUAUUGGAAAUGAUGGAACAGUUGUUUUCAGGCAUGGAGAGCGUAUAGGUUUCAAUUACCUUAUAUCCCAGAAAUAUACUGGAGAUAACACGAAAAUCAAGUUACUUCGUGAUUCAGAGAUGCAUGAAUUCGACAUUAAAUUUGAUCCUCACAAGAAGCUCAUUCCCACGUGUACUGAUGAUAGACCUCCGUCAUAUUACAUACUUGCAGGAUUUGUUUUUACAGCUGUCUCAGUCUCAUAUCUUUUUUCAGAGUAUUCAAGCAUGAGCGAUUUUCCUGUUGAGCUUCUGUACAAACUUCACUAUUCAAUGGCAAAAUCAAAUGAUGAAGAGCUUAUUAUUAUAUCUCAGGUACUUGUGGCUGACAUCAACAUCGGAUAUGAAGAUUUAACUAAUGUUCAGGUUAUUGCUGUCAAUGGUAACCCAGUGAAGAAUCUAAAAAGCUUCAAAAAUAUGGUGGAAUCCUGCAACAGUGAAUUUUUGAAGUUCGAUCUAGAGUUCAAUAUGAUGGUCGUUCUUCGGACAGAGACUGCUAAAGCUGCUACUGCAGAUAUCCUGACGACACACACUAUUCCUUCUGCAAUGUCUGAUGAUCUUCUAAUAUUAUCUGAAGUUUGAAGCUCCGAGAUAUUUGCACAAUUGUAUUCUACAUUUCACCUGUUUACAGUCCACCAGGCAGUCAGGCACAGCAUAUAAAACAUCAUAUUUAAAUUUGAACAAUUUUGUGGGACACCUGAAAAGGAAUACGAACACUAUAUUAUAGGACAAUGAGGGAGUAUUAUAAUUUUUUGUGAAGGGAGGGGAGUAUUAUAAUUGAUGUUGGUUAUUUAUAGGGUGACUGAACAGCAUAAAGUUGGUAGUAUUAAGACUCGAUUUUAUUCACGUGAAAUAAGUCAAUUUGAUAUGAAUUUAUUAAGAUCUGUUAUGGUCUAGUUUGAAUCA